AUUUGACUUCACAAUAUGCUGAAUCUUUUGUUGAACUUGCUGAAUGAUUUUGUUUCUUAUGCUUAAAGAACCAGUUCUUUUAAAGAUGGCGUCCACCAGUUUGUUAUAUUGUGCAGAUAAGGAACUGGCUGUUAGCCUUCUGUUAUUUCGUUUUGUACAUGUCAUGGCUAUUUUCCGUAAAAGAAAUGGUUCCUCUCUUGGCCAUCUUCCUUGGGAAAUUUUCUCUUUCUGUUUUUCCUGAUAAGAAUAUCCAGUUUGGUUGAAUGUGGGAAAAUUUCUCUCGGUAAAUCAAUUUAUUCUCUGAAAUUCUUCCAAAUAAUAUCAGAGUAAUUAAUACAUGGAUGGAUAUCCAAGGUUAGAAAAUAAAUUAAUUUAUAUGGAUCAGAUACCGUUUAUGUUUUACUUUAUUACACUAGUUUUAAUGUUUCGGGAUGUGUAUUGGACAAAAAGCAAGGAAUUUAGUGCAACAACGUGAAAUAGUCCAGGAGGAGGAAGGAGUAGUUCCAAUUAAGAAACUGAAAAGGAAACCCAAUGGGAAGGUUAUUUCCACUGCAAUGGAGGAGUAUAUUUUGCCUCCAACUCUGUACAGAGAUGGAGGUACCAGCUUUCUCUCCAGAGGCUGCAGUCAUUUUUACAGGAAUGAGCUCGCAAAAAGUGGAGAUGCUGUGCAGUAUCUUUCAUCGCAAAAUGAGGUAGCCGUGGGGAUUUUUGAAGAGGGUCUUAUUCUAAAGAGAAAAAGGAAUGCAGACGUCAUUAAUGCAGUCAAAUUACAAAUCAUAGAAAAGUCCGAAUUGCAACAGAGACUGGAUGUAAAACUUUUGAAUUGAAAUACGCAUUUAUUUGUGUUAGUCCUAGCAAGCUAGUGCAGUUGGAGCACGUUUUUUUACAUUUGCAAAUAUACCAGCUGUCGGGUGACAAAGACUAAAUCUAAUGAAGACUAAAUCUAAUGAGUUAGGUGUUGUACGACACAGACAUGUGAACUCUUACAUAUGAAAUCAAUUCAAAUUAUGAAUGUUGUGCUGGAUGUAUUUUAGAAACAUUUUUACCUUUUGUAACAAAUUAUCAUUCAGAGACCAAUG